CUGUCCCUGUCCUCUGUCCUCUGCCCUCUGCAUUAACUUCCCUUAAUCAGAGAGAGAGAGAGAGAGAGAGAGAAGCCAUGAGCAGAAUGCUUAGUUAAUGAUCUUCCUCAAUCCUCAGGUUUUAGCAGCUCCCUUGGGAAAAAAAAAAAAAGAAAAUCAAAGAGAACAAAACAAAAUUUCUCAGGGGGUAGAGUGAGAGAGAGAGAGAGAGAGAGAGGGUCCUGCUGCUGGGCUGAUCUUUGGGUGCAGAGCCUCCUGCAGAUUCUGUUACCUUCACUUUUUGCUCACGCCUUUCUCGCCGUAUUCCACAUUGUCUCUUCUUCCUCCUCCUAAUCUCUGCUACUCGGAGCUAUUAUCCGCCAUUACCGAGCCACGGCCUUACACUGCUGAGAACCCUUUUAGCUCUGUAAUGUAAUGUCGUCUUCCCCAACUUGAGGUUUUUGCUUCUCUAGGUGUGAAAAGAGAGAGAGAGAGAGAGAGCUAGAGGGAGACAGAGAAGGAAGCAUUUCAAUGGCAGGCGGAGGAGGGGGAGGAGCAAAGGCGGAGGAGCCACAAGCACACCCACCAAAGGAUCAAUUGCCAAAUGUGUCUUACUGCAUUACCAGUCCUCCUCCAUGGCCUGAAGCUAUUCUCCUCGGCUUCCAACAUUUUAUCGUGAUGCUGGGGACGAUUGUUAUCAUCCCCACCGCUCUCGUGCCUCAGAUGGGAGGCAGAAAUGAGGAGAAGGCAAAGGUGAUCUCCACCUUGCUGUUUGUCGCUGGUAUAAACACACUGCAGCAGACAUUGUUCGGGACAAGAUUACCUGCUGUCAUUGGAGCAUCUUAUACCUUUGUCCCAACCACUAUUUCCAUCAUCCUUGCUGGUCGAUACAGUGACGACUCUGAUCCUGUAGAGCGGUUCAAGAGGAUAAUGCGGGCAAUUCAGGGAUCUCUUAUUGUUGCUUCUACUCUUCAGAUUGUUCUAGGAUUUAGUGGGCUUUGGCGUAACGUUACAAGGUUCUUGAGCCCACUGUCAUCAGUCCCAUUGGUGGCUCUAGUGGGUUUUGGGCUCUAUGAGUUAGGGUUUCCUGGUGUUGCCAAAUGUGUGGAGAUUGGACUUCCGGAGCUGAUACUUUUAGUCUUUGUUUCUCAGUACAUGCCUCACAUAAUCCACUCACGGAAAAAUCUGUUUGAUCGGUUUGCUGUCAUCUUCUGUGUUAUCAUUGUGUGGAUAUAUGCCCAUUUGCUUACUGUGGGUGGGGCCUACAAUGGUUCGCCUCAGAAAACUCAAGCGAGCUGUCGCACGGACCGUGCGGGUCUCAUAGAUGCUGCUCCCUGGAUAAGAGUCCCGUACCCCUUUCAGUGGGGACCACCUUCAUUCGAUGCCGGUGAAGCCUUUGCAAUGAUGAUGGCUUCUUUUGUCGCUCUCGUAGAGUCCACCGGCGCUUUCAUUGCGGUGUCAAGGUCUGCAAGUGCAACUCCAUUGCCCCCGUCAGUCCUCAGCCGCGGAGUUGGAUGGCAGGGUGUUGGCAUUUUGAUAUCAGGAGUAUUUGGAACCGGAAACGGCUGCUCUGUGUCGGUAGAAAAUGCGGGUCUGAUAGCACUAACUCGUGUGGGGAGUCGAAGGGUCAUUCAGAUAUCUGCUGGGUUCAUGAUUUUUUUCUCCAUUCUUGGUAAGUUCGGAGCUGUUUUUGCAUCAAUACCUGCACCCAUUAUCACUGCUCUCUACUGCAUUUUCUUUGCAUAUGUGGGCGCCGUGGGUGCGAGCUUUCUCCAGUUUUGCAACCUCAACAGCUUCCGGACAAAAUUCAUACUGGGCUUCUCUGUCUUCAUGGGUUUGUCUGUUGCCCAUUACUUCAAUGAGUACACAGCGAUCAACGGUUAUGGCCCAGUUCACACUAGUGCAAGAUGGUUCAAUGAUAUGGUCAAUGUUCCCUUUUCGUCGGAGGCCUUUGUUGCCGGCAUCUUGGCAUACUUCCUCGACAAUACGCUGCACAAGAAGGAUGGAGCGAUCAGGAAAGACCGGGGCAAGCACUGGUGGGACAAGUUCCGGUCCUUCAAGGGCGACACAAGGAGCGAGGAAUUCUACUCCCUACCCUUCAACCUGAACAAGUACUUCCCAUCCGUUUGAUUUUGUAGAACCACCAAGCCACAAGAAACCAUUUCGAUUGGUCUUUUUUUAAGUAUAGUAGGUGCAUUGCUACGCUGAACCUUGGCGUAUAUAUAGAAUAGAAUCUUCUCCCUUAUAGAAACAUUAGAACAUUAAUGUUCAUUGCUUUCCGAGGCUGAGGGGAAGAAGAGUUUGAGGUGAUUCAUGAAGAGGAACAUUAUUAAUCGACAUGGUAAGACUUAAAUAACAAGCUUUCCUACUCAGUAUCAUUAUCAACUAGGUGCAUUGAUCUGAUGAA